CCUGUUUUAGCAAUCAAUCGUUUUAGCGAUUUUAUUCUAAUUUCUAAUCUUUCCAAUUUCACUCAAACCCUAAAUCCCUAAAUAUUCCGGCGACGGAGAAAAUGAUCGGCGGGAAGACGAACUUCUUGGCGAUGAAGACUGAUGAUUCGGCGGUCGGCGAUUUGCUGAGCUCGGACAUGAAGGACAUCGGGAACGCCGUGAAAAAGCUUGCGGAUCACGCUAUCAAAUUGGGGGGACUCGGAUUCGGAACUUCCUUCCUCAAAUGGGUUGCUGCUGUUGCUGCAAUUUACUUGUUGAUCUUGGAUCGGACCAACUGGAAAACCAACAUACUUACAUCCCUCUUGAUCCCUUACAUCUUCUUCAGUCUUCCCUCGUGGCUCUUCGGUUUGCUCAGGGGAGAAGUAGGAAAAUGGAUCGCUCUCAUUGCCGUCGUGCUUCGCCUUUUCUUCCCCCGACGUUUCCCAGAUUGGUUGGAAUUGCCCGGGGCGUUGAUCCUACUGAUUGUGGUGGCGCCGGGGUUCUUUGCCGACACCCUAAGGGGCAGCGUCGUGGGGGUCUUCGUGUGCCUCGUUAUCGGGUGUUACUUGCUGCAGGAGCACAUUCGGGCAUCUGGUGGGUUCCGAAAUUCCUUCACGAAAAGCAGCGGGAUUUCGAACUCGAUCGGGAUACUUCUGCUCUUCUUGUACCCGGUUUGGGCUCUCGUGAUCUCGUUCAUUUAGGCGUAUGUUCGCGAUUCAUCCAUCGUUUGUUUAUUGCUUUUGUCGCAACGUGUAAAGCUUGGUUGUGUAAAGAUACCGGCUUGUGAACUCGGAUCGAACUUGGGGUGAAUUUCGUGUGUUUGUUUGCGAAUUUGUUUUGUGUACUUUGAUCAAUCGAUCGAUCAAUUGAUUGCCCGUUCUUGAAA